AUGGAUUCAUUUCAAUGCGGCCAAGGAUGUUACGAUUUGAGUCAAUGCUUUGAGAAAUAUAUUCAAAACAAAUUGGAAUCCCCAAUGCCAUGGAUUGGCAUGUAUAUUGCAGCAGCUUCUGUAGUCUGCUCCCUUGCAAUGGCAGCUGAUGCAUUCCAUGGUUUUCGUAGUAAAAUGCUGUGGUUCCCAUGUUUGAUGUGCGUAUUAAAUGCUCUCAGUUUAGCAGGAGUUGAUAUUCGGACGGCAAUAGUACAUUCAGAAGAUGAGACUUUUUCUGCCUAUAAAUGGUCAAUCAAAUGGAUUCUAUACGUUCAGUCAAUUGGAGUAGCGUUGGGUACUAUUGCCCCUGCAUUCAGAUGGUUUACUGCUGCCCGGUUUAAGUGUUCAGGAGAGCCAGGAAUUCCCAAAGAGACCCUCAAAAACAUCUGGAAUGAGGUGGACAAGAUGACGGAGAAAGGGAAAAGACAGAAGCCGAUCAACCUAAUCGAACUUCUACAUAAAUCUUACAGCUUCAAUGGGGUGAGAGAAUUUGACAAUAAUCGAGUUCCAAGUUUACAUACUCAGGAGCCUCCAAACAGCUGGUCUCUACCUGUGGUGACUCUUACAUGCAUCGCAAUUGCACUUCCCAACAUUUCAAAUGACAAUGCUAAUCAGUUAGUGAGGUGUGUCGAGAAAGGCCUUACAUUGCUAAAACUUACAGAGAAAAGCCUGGAUAAAAAUGGGGCUUUAGCAAUCAUCAGAAAUGCAGCAGAUGUUGUAUGGGUAGGAGUUGAUUUAUAUUGCCAGUGGCAAGAUAAGGAUCUUCGCGAAACAAGUCUCCAUGGGAGAACCUCCAAGGAAACAUUAGAAGAGCUUUCAAAUGAAGCUAAAAGGACUGUCAAGCAGUUCCUCGGAGAAGUCAACGAUUUCCUAAUGGAUAACCCUCUGAAUUGGCCAGUUAAGAUUAUAGCUGCUAACUCAAUGUACCGGAUCAGGGCCAUGUCUGAUCUCCAAAACAGAAUGCUCACCCCAGAACCAUAG